AUAUAUCAACUUUCACCUUUUCCAAAUCUGAAGAAAUAUGAAGUAUAUAUAACCUUUCCAACAUUUCGAAAAUUAAAAUGAUGAUUUUUUUGCCAUUGUAUUUCUCGAUUUUUUUCUUCCUAGAUUUUGCGUACAGCUUCAGCUGUUUCACUCCACAUUACACUAUAUUUAAAUUUAUUUGUUUCGUAAUGAACACAGCCUGCAGUCGAUUUGAUGACUUGUAAUUUUGACGGAAAUAUUUUCACUAAAAAACACAUUUCAAACAAAAUACAAUUCCUUUGCUGAUACACUUAAUAUAGAAGUGAGAAAACUUAUUUACCACGAAAUGCCGAACGAUCCGAAACAAGUUGGGUGGACGCCAAUGCUGCUGCUGAUUUGUGUUGGGACCACCAUUGGCGCUGUUAUACCCAUUGGCUAUGCGCUGGGGGUUAUGAAUACGCCUGCUGAGGUCAUAAAAGCAUGGACUAUCGGUAGUGUGUCCAACACAUACGGCGUUCAACUCAAUGAGACGAAUGCUGACAUACUCUGGGCUAGCAUAGUGUCCAUUUUCCAAGUGGGCGGUAUUUUGGGCUCCUUUAUUUCUGGAUCUAUAAGCAACAAAUUCGGAAGAAGGGGUUGUCUAAUAUUCAGCGGAGUUUUGUUAUCUUUUGCUGGACUGUUUUUGUAUUUUUGUCGUAUGGUUAACCUCGUCGAGAUGAUGUUUCUCGGUCGUUAUUUGAUCGGCAUCUCGGCUGCGCUAAUCUAUACUUCGCAACCGAUGUAUUUGCUGGAGUGCGCGCCCAUACAUCUGCGGGGCAGUGCUGGCGUCUUCACACUGCUUGGCAUAACGGGUGGCAUUGUUGUUGGGCAAAUAUUCAGUUUACAACAAGUGUAUGGCAAUGAGAAGAGUUGGGAAUUAGCUUUGAGUGCCUUUUUGAUUUUUGUACUGAUUGGUUUCUUACCGGCCUUUUGGUUCCCCGAGUCGCCGAGCUGGUUAAUUAAGGUGCGUCAAGAUGAAGAAUUGGCCAGGAAGUCUUUGAGAAGUUUGCGAGGCAAGAAUGCUGAAGAAACCAUAAAUGCCGAAAUUGCAGAAUUGAAGGCUUCGGCGGCUGCCUCCAGUGAAAUACUCGGAUUUUGCGCAGUGCUAAAGAACUCAGAAUUUUGUCUGCCUCUGCUAAUUGUUAUCUCGUUUACCGCUUGUCAAGGUCUGAGUGGGAUUAAUGGUAUUUUCUUCUAUUCAGUAAGAAUAUUUACCAAAUGUGGAUUUUCUUCGGAAAAUGCCACUUGGCUGAAUUUCGGUUCUGGUGUAUUGAAUUUCGUGUGUGCGCUCAUUAGUUUGGUUAUAAUGGAGAAAUUCAAUAGACGUCCCUGCAUGCUCCUCUCAGCGGGUGCUUGUGCUGUAUCAUUAAUUGGCUUGGGGUUCGCUUUGAAGUUUAUUGAUUACGUCAGCUGGUUCCCAAUGCUUUGCGUUAUUUUAAUGGCAUCCUUUAUAAUAUUCUUCAAUGUUGGCCUGGGACCAAUACCAUUCUUCAUAGGAACAGAACUGUUUGAAUUGCCCCCUCGCACUGUGGCCAUGGCUACUGGGAACUUUUCAUGUUGGACUGGGAAUUUUUUGAUCGGGAUGUGUUUCCCCCCUGUAGAGAGUCUAAUUGGUCCGUUUUGUUUCUUGCCCUGCGGUGGUGUUUGUAUAUAUUGUUUCUUGCUCACAUGGCGCUACGUACCGGAGACGCGGGGUUUUGAGCCAUCGGAUGUGAAACCUUUGAUGGUGAAUGGUCUUAAAUCGAAAGUAACCUAAAAUGAUAUGGUGCCAAAAUUGAUCCGGGGUAUGAUUUUUACUGUAAUCGAGGAAAGAAAAAUUCACUACAAUAAUUGUUUGCUGGCUUUCAAAAUAAAAGUCUGAAUGUUUAAAA